UGGGUUCCUUUACAAUACAUUUUCUUAAAUUAAAAUUUAAUAUUAAUUAUUAUUACUAUACUAUGKAUAUUUUAUCUUAAUCCAUUCAAUUUCUUCAUUUUUUGCUCUUUGGUAGUUGGUACAUUCCAUAAUAAUUGUCUAUUCUUAUAUUAUAGUGUUAAUUCUAAAUAAAAGGUGUAUUUAUUAAAAUUAACACAAUGAAAUGAAGAAUAUAUUUUGAACAGAUAACUGUCACAUAACAAUGGGAAUCUAUGGUGUGUACAUUGUAUCAAAAUCAGGGGGGCUAAUAUUCAACUACGAUUACAAUGUGCCCAAAAUCGAAACCGAACAGACAUUUGGUUAUCCACUAGAUCUAAAACUAACUUGUGAAAACAACAGACUAUUAGUUUCAUUUGGUCAACGAGACAACAUCAAAGUUGGUCAUGUAUUAUUAGCAAUCAACGGAGUUCCUGUUUCUGGUAGAAAACUAGAAGAUGGCAAAGAUGCAAUAGAGAUGUUAGAUGAUGCUACUAAUUACCCACUUAAUUUAAAAUUUGGUCGGCCAAAAAUGACUAUCAAUGAAAAGAUAUUCUUAGCCAGCAUGUUUUAUCCAUUAUUUGCUAUUGCAUCACAAUUGAGUCCAGAACCCAGGAGUUCUGGAAUUGAAACUUUAGAAGCUGAUACAUUUAAACUACAAUGUUUUCAAACUCUGACUGGAGUGAAAUUUAUGGUAAUUGCUGAUCCAACACACGUAGGYCUUGAACAACUUUUAAAAAAAAUUUAUGAGAUAUACGCCGACUUUGCUCUAAAGAAUCCAUUUUAUUCCUUAGAAAUGCCUAUUAGAUGUGAAUUGUUUGAUACUAAUUUGCAAGCACUUUUGGAACAAGCAGAUAAAAAUGGUAUAAAUAGUAUUUAAUUUAAUAAGCACUUUGUUUUUACAUAUAUUUAUUUAUAUUUCACCAAACCCUUUGUAUU